ACGCAGAGCAGAAAUAUUUAGGGAUGACAACAGAAUUCUCUCCAGAGGGAUAUGACUUUGGGGGCCCUGGAUUGCUGUGGGGAGCCUUACAGAUCAUUUUGUGUUUGGAGAUGAAGGAGAACCUAACCUUGAGGACCUGCAAGAAGACGGAAAGGCUAUGUUCAGUCUCACAGGGGUCUCAGAGUUUGAACCAGAUCUGGAAUACCUGCUGAUGAAAGAACAGCAUCUGGAAAGGGCAUACAGGCAACUGCAAAACAUGUUCAGAAGCGUGCCCAAGAAUCGGCAGUGGAAAUUCCAGAGACUGCCGAUUUGAUUUACUUUUCUGCUGAGGAGGAACCAGCCAGUGCACCUCCAGCAGAAGAGCUGGCAUCAAGGCAUGGCGUUGUUGACCUCUGCCCAUAACAG